AUGUAUCUUUUGACCCCGGCAAUCGAUGCUGCGACCACAUCAGUCUUCAGUGCGCCGACAUUGGCAACCGCUGCGACAUUAUCGAAUUCCGACUUCUUCAUAUUCGGCGACAAAGACUCACAGCUUCAGCGAUGGAGCUCCUUGAUCGGCAUUGCCACUGCCAUUGGAGGCAACAUCCUGAUAUCCUUCGCCCUCAACAUACAACGAUACGCGCACAUACGAUUAAGCCAAGAACGGAGUUUAAGGAAGGAGAAGUCAAAACACAUCGCUAAGAGUACACAAAAUGGCUAUGGGACGACUGGGUCGAAUGGGCAUCAUGUCACAGAGUUGGAAGGCGAGCAUCACGAUCCUUUGCAAACCUCGUUUCAUUCCACGAAUACCCAAUCAAGCGGAUGCUCGGAUGACGACCAUAAACAAGAUUCUACAUACUUGAGGUCGCCAUACUGGUGGGGAGGGAUCGCAUUGAUGACAAUUGGAGAGACGGGCAAUUUUUUGGCAUAUGGCUUCGCCCCGGCAUCGAUAGUAUCCCCGCUCGGCGUUGUGGCUUUGAUAUCGAACUGUGUGAUUGCCCCCAUCAUGUUAAAAGAAAGUUUCCGGUUGCGAGACUUCUGGGGAGUGGUGGUAGCUGUGGCAGGAGCCGUUGUAGUUGUGCUCAGCGCAAAGCAACAAGAGAAGAAGCUUGGCCCACACGAGAUCUGGGGGGCUAUCACAAGAACGGAGUUUGAAGUGUAUAUGGCUAUUACUGGGUUUCUAAUUGGGGUGUUGGUAUGGGCGAGCCCAAAGUACGGAAACAGGACAAUCCUGAUAGACCUUGGGCUCGUGGGUUUAUUUGGUGGAUAUACGGUUCUUUCAACAAAGGGUGUAGCUUCAAUGCUUUCGUCAACGCUUUGGAGAGCCCUUACAACACCAGUCACCUACGCUCUCGUGGCCAUUCUAGUGGGUACCGCUGUUAUGCAAGUUAAAUAUGUCAACAAGGCGCUUGCGCGAUUCAACUCGACCCAGGUCAUUCCUGUACAAUUUGUUAUGUUUACUUUGUCUGUUAUUAUUGGAAGCGCUGUUCUAUAUCGUGACUUUGAGAAAGCCACAGCUGACAGCGUGGGAAAAUUUAUUGGCGGUUGUCUUUUGACAUUUUUCGGGGUAUUCCUUAUUACCAGCGGUCGACCUCGACGAGAUGAAGAGGAUGAAGAGGAUGGAUCCGACGAGGAGGGCGAGGAAAGAAUUGGUCUCAUAGAUCAAGAACCAUCGGGCGAGGAACAUCAAGCACAUGAAGGAGCCAGGAAACGGUCAAGAGCAAACGUACAUCAGAAUGGCGACGGAGCCAACGACGAGGCCGCCAGCGAUUCGCGGAGGUCUUCUCGUGUCAGUUUUGUGGACCCUUCACAACCCCGGACACCUCACAGAUUUUCCGUCUCUUCAUACCAACCCCCAUCAGUCCGAGUUGUGCCUUCAGCUCCGCCCUCGGAAGUAGCUGCAGAGCAAACCCCUCUCCUCAGCAAUCCAUGGAAGAGCGAUGAGCUUCUUCAAGCUACAAGACAUUUUGGACUACCGAAUACGACAUCAUCGGCUGUACUACCAUCCGAAGCACAAACUUCCACAGAAUCGCUGAAGCCUCUGUCAAAUUUAGCAAGGACCUCAUCCCAAGGCAAUGUGCAUACUCAUCCAAACCAUCAACAAGGACCUAUACCACCACCAGCAGACGUCAGACCAGUGACUCCAGCAAGACACUCUAUAUCUCGAAUGAUGCCUGGCCCUUUCAUCUCUCCACUAUCCGGAGGCUUGAGCGUGGUCGUCGCAGAUACAAUGCGACGGGGCAUCGAGUCUCCAAGCAAGCUCAAGCGCGCCCGUCUCGGUCUCCCAAGAUCGAAAUCUGGCUCCCAUCGACUUGCCCAGUCACGUGAUGGAAAUGAAGAUGGAUCAGAAACACCGUCAGCCAAGAACGGCGACGAAGGACAGGAAAUCAGGAAAUCUUUAGAUACAGACCCGAGCAAAACUUGGUCGAGAAUGACCAGAGCGCGAAGUUUAAGUAAUACUUUAGGAGAUUAUUUCCGGGGGAAGCGACAAAAAACUGAUCAAAGGGAUUCAGAUGGUGAUGAGGAGGCGGGUCCAAGCGGAUCGUGA